CUUCAUUCAUCUCCUAACGCACUGUCUCUCUAUUCUCUCAGCCUCUCUCUCAACUCUUUCGCCGGCGAUUUCUGCUGCGAAUUGCGAACAGCUGAUCCUCUGAGAACCCGACUAUUGAUCCCGUGUCCGCCUCUCAUCGCCGCCGAAAGCAACCUCGGCGCCGUUGCGGGCGGAGGAACGCCGCAUAAGAGCCACGGAGCACGCUACUACUGUGAUUUCCAGGGCAGGUUUGCAUAGAAGAUGAGCAACCCUUCUGGAGGGACGACAUCAAAAUCAAAAGCGGGUGGCUCCCAGCCAUCUGAAAGUUCAAAUAAGCGAAAACGCGGAGUCUUUCAAAAAGAAUUGCAGCACAUGAUGUAUGGUUUUGGAGACGAUCCUAAUCCUCUUCCAGAGAGUGUGGCACUCAUGGAAGACAUCGUUGUGGAAUAUGUGACUGAUCUGGUGCAUAAAGCCCAGGAGAUUGGAUCAAAGAGGGGAAGGUUAUCUGUUGAUGACUUUCUGUACUUAAUUCGCAAGGAUUUUCCGAAACUCAAUCGCUGUAGAGAAUUGCUGUCAAUGAAUGAAGAGCUGAAACAGGCAAGGAGAGCUUUUGAGACAGAUGAGGAGAAGCUGAGGAAGGCUUUUGAGACUGAUGAAGAGAAAAUGAGGAAGGCCUUUGAGGCAGACGAAGAUAAAGUCGGUUCAACGGAGUAACGGGACUGUGUCUAUUUAGGCUUGUUCCCCUGUAAUUAUUUUUGCUCGGGAAUUCGUUGUUUCACUGUAUCUUUAGGUUGAAAUUUUGUUUAAAUCCAUCCAACAAAAUAUUGAGGGUUGUUUAGCAUACA